UAAAAUAGUGUACCGUAAAUGUAAACAAUAUUGUAUCUUCGUACGUAACCAUCUACCGAGAUGCAAAAUUCCAUGAAAAUGGUUAUUCUUUUCCAAUCGAGUGCGGUGUUAGACAUGUUCAAAAACAUAUUGCAUUGAAAAUUGGAUAAUUGUCCAGCUUCUUGCUUAUCUCACUGAACGGAGUGCUAGGCGCGCUGACCCGCUAGAGAUUAAUACAUUAAUACUAUCUACAACAACAUUCGUCAGUCAGGCGAGCUGCAAGUUGGCGCGCGGUCCGUUUCUAACACAAACAUAUUAAUUUAAAAUGAAAUACAAUAUCUUAGGUAAUACUGAUAUGAAGGUUUCCCAUGUUAGCAUGGGAGGAGCAUCUUUCAGCAACAUUUACGGACCUUACGACGAGGAAAAAAGUCUACAACUUAUCAAGAAAACGCUAAGUUUAGGAGUAAACUACUUGGAAACUGGGCCGUGGUACGGUCAGGGAAGUUCAGAAAAAGUAAUAGGCAAGGCGCUCAAAGGAAUCCCAAGAGAUACGUAUUUCAUCGGGAGCAAAGUUGGGCGCUACGAGAAAGAUAUCCGGAAAAUGUUCGACUUCUCUGAAGAGAAGACAGAAGCGGCCGUGAAUAACACUUUACAACUUCUUGGACACGAAUACGUGGAUCUGAUUCAAAUGCACGAUAUCACUUUUGCACCGGACAUUUCAAUAAUUCUGAAAGAAACCUUGCCAGCAUUGGACAGAGCUGUGAAAGAUGGCAAAGCCAGAUAUAUAGGAGUAGCUGACUAUGAUUUAGAUUUGAUGAAGGAGAUAAUUGAAGAGUCUGAUAUCCACCUAUCUACAAUUUUGUCAUAUUCUAAAUCUACAUUAUUUGACAACCGAUUACAAAAUUAUACAAAAUACUUUAAGGGUAAAGGCGUCGGCAUAAUAAACGCAGCGGCUACCGGCAUGGGCCUGCUGACCAACCGCGGCCCACAGCCCUGGCACCCAGCGAGUGAUGACAUCAAAGCUCUUUGCCAACGUGCGUCUAAUUACUGCAAGGAUCAAGGAGUAGAGCUGGCUCGACUAGCAACAUGGUUCACCUUAAACCAGCCAGACGUCGAUACGAACGUGUGCGGAUUCUUCAACAUAGAACAAAUGGAGGACACCUUGAAUGUCUCAGAAAAAGGGCUCACUGAACAUGAAAAGGCGGUGUUAGCUCAUCUGCAGUUGAGAUUUUUUGACAAUAUAACACUACACUGGGAUGAAGUAGAAUUGAGUGCAUACAAAACAAAAUUAGAGAAAAUGGCUACUUAAUAAUGUUACCCUCUCCAAAUAUCGGUACCGACAGCGACAGAAACUGAGUGCCAAGCCAAGAAACGGACCUGACACCGACUGCUUAAAUUUUCUUUUGUCCACAUCCUGGAAAAUUUUAGAAAACGUAAAACCACCCGACGACUAUUGUCCAAACCCUACGGUCCAUAAUUUCGUACACGGCGGGAAGAAGUUGAUAACUCGAGAUAUAAUAUUGAAGAAUUUUGAAUGUGGAUUUUCAUGUAAAUAUGUUUUAAGUUCAAAUUUCUUGAAUUCUAUAUCUCGUGUUAUCAACUUCUUCCCGCCGGGAAGCCUUCCUUUAGGUGGGACUAAUAUUUUAGUAUGGUAGUUCUAUAGCUAAAAAAUGCUAAAUAUUUACUGUAUUAAUGGAAGAAAACACCAGAAAAAAAGAAACUAAUAGAUCAUUGGUAAUUACUAAUUAUACUUAAGACGAAAACCCGCGCAAAAUCGCCUUAUUAUACAAACGUAACGUAUGUUGUCCUUAUUUUCCUCUCAGGAUAUUAAACAUUAUUGAAAAUAUUUUUAUUCAAUUUGCUAUAUAAAGCAUAGUUCAUAUAGAAUUGGUACGCACUUGAAGGUUGUUAUUUUUGUAAGUAAAUAAAAUAAGAAAGUUAAGAAUGGUGAAUUUUAAAUAUACUUGGUCAAGCAAAUCUUGUCAGUAGCAAAAGGCGGCAAAUUUCAAAAAUCGCGGGUUUGCAACACUAUUUUCGAAUAAUUCCAAAAUCGUGUGUCAUCUGUGGAAUGUGGAUAGUGAAUGACAACCAUCUUGUUUGUUUACAUUCUGAAUCGAUGCUAUU